UUCUUCCCUUUUCUUUUUGCUGCGCUUCCGGAGAAGUCGUCUUUGCUAGAAGCCACGUGCUAAAUUUGUAGCUUGCAAGUUUCGUUCGAUUCUUAAACCGUUCGCCACGAGAGAUGACGAAGGGUACCUCCAGCUUUGGUAAGCGCCACAAUAAGACGCACACCCUGUGCCGUCGCUGUGGCCGCUCCUCCUACCACAUCCAGAAGUCCACUUGCGCCCAGUGCGGCUACCCCGCCGCCAAGUUGCGUUCCUACAACUGGUCCGUGAAGGCCAAGAGGAGGAAGACCACCGGCACCGGUCGCAUGCAGCACCUGAAGGUUGUGCGCCGCCGUUUCCGCAACGGAUUCCGCGAGGGCACCCAGGCCAAGCCCAAGAAGGCCGUGGCCAGCAAGUAGGAGGCUCUGUGUGUCCCAAGAUGUAUAUCCCACACCGGGCUAUAUGGACGGAGAUAGCAGCUGCUCCCUUAACCGCAGAUAACGACAGCCUCCAGUUGAUCAACGUGUACACACCAUCUAAAAUCCACUGAAAAUGGCCCCUCAACAUGGCUAAUAAAUCGCUCGAGCGCUAAUAAAUGAACGUUUUUUUUUAUUAAGUGAAACUGGUGAAUAUUUUUUUAUUGUUUGUGCAACAAAAGUGAAAUGUGACCGAAAAGCGAUCAAAAGAUAGCGUGUAAAUGGCCAAGAUCCAUAACCAAAUGCUUGUAGGGCUGAUUUCCUCGUGGUUUUCGCAAAAAUUGUUAGUGUUCGCUGGUAGUCGAAUACUUUUCCAGGGCAGGCUAUCCACGUAGCUUUUAUUGAAAACUAAAAAAGAACGCUUUAAUAAACGCAGUAUAGUCAGCUAUAAAAUCCAAGAGCUUCGGUAACUAAACCAAAAGCAUGGCAAUUCAUACCACAGCUCAAAUGUAAAUGAAAAUCGCUUUCUGUGCUAUAAAAACUUCUAAUUAGAAUAUAUCGUUUCCAAAAACAGAUUAAGAACCAUAUAAAUCGUUCAAAGUUGCGAAAAACGUGUUCUCGCCAUAAGAUGAUAGUUUCUGUUUACUAUGAAUUGUAAUUCUUUGUUUUUAAACGUAGCCCCAUAUAUGGUAAAACAUAUGAUAGAACUGCAGACACAACAAAAAUUAUUAACUAUAUGUGCCUUGCUUCGAUUUGUAGCAAUUGAAAUGGUUGCAGUUAGUACACGAGCAGUUAUUCUACAAUAAUUCAUAAAAAACACUUUAAAUUGCCAUUCUAAAAAUGAAAUAUAUAUCUGACAAGAUUCAACAGAAGCAAAACAGCAAACAAUGGCCAAAAUAUUGAC